AUGAUCGCGAUGGAUGAAGCGCUGGCUCGCCUGUCCCAGUCUGUUGAAAAGGAGCUCCAGGCUCGAAUGGAGUCGCUGGUGCAGCAAUUCAUGGUCGACUCCGUGGAACUUUGCCGGCAGGUGUGCAAGCAACACUUUGCGGAUUUCCAGCACCGGCAAGCACGGGUGCAUGACGCAACGGAUCCCGUGGUAGUUGCCGUCACGCAGGGAAGGGGGCCUACGCGCGACGAGGCAACGAGACAAGCAGCUAGGCUGCUGGUCUCUUCUGCAAUCUUGGUAUCAGCGACGGGAGGCUCUGCCGCGGCCACUGAACCUGUGAAGGCACCCCCAGUGAGUGUGGUAGCUCCGUCCAAAGCUGUGCAUCCGGGGCCGAAAAAUGCAGUUCCCAAGCCGAUGUCGAAGCAAGCGAUGCCGAAGCCGAAGCCACAAGAUGCUCGGAAGAGCAUCACUGAGCAGGUCAUGGGCAUGACCGGCUUGCUCGGAAGCAAGGCCGCUGCACCUAAAGCAGAGCCCAAGGCCGUGAUCAAAGCACCAGGGAAAGCCAAGGCACCACCAGAGUCCUCGCUGCCAGUCCCUUCCACCGGCAUGCUUAGCUACAUUCGAAAGAGCUUCGCCGGCCCGCCGGCCCAGGCUCCGCCAGGCCCCUCGAGCCCCCCAAAGGCGCCUAGCAAAGCAGAGCUUCCGAAGAAGAGCGCGCCAAAAAUGGAUGCCAAGGCUGUGGCCAAAGCCCCGGCGAAGCCGAAACCUCCACAACCUGCCGAACCCAUCGAGCCCACGGAAACGGCCACUAGCUUGGAGGACUUUGAAACAUUCUGA